AUGCUGCGGACUCUGCCAGAAACUCACAAGACAAAGUGGAAAGACCAUCUGUCUAAACUUGUCCAUGCAUAUAAUUGUACUCGCCACGAAGCCACCGGCUACGCUCCUUUCUUUCUCCUGUUUGGCCGCUCUCCACGACUACCCAUUGAUCUAGCGUUCAACCUGAGAGAUAAAGAUGGUACCACCACCUAUUCCCAGUAUGUCUCGAAGUGGCAAACAGCAAUGAAGGAAGCAUACGCCAAAGCUUCCAACCUAGCAUCGAAGAACGCCUCGCGAGGUAAAAAGCAGUACGACAAGAAAGUCCGAUCGACAGUUCUUCAACCUGGAGACCGGGUCUUAGUACGGAAUUUGACACCAAGAGGAGGCCCGGGGAAGUUGCGGUCUUUCUGGGAGGAUGAGGUACACGUUGUAUUAUCAAGGAAAGGCCCAGACAGCCCCGUAUAUGACGUCCAAUCGGAGUCCAAGAAGAAACCUCGUACGUUACAUCGCAAUAUGCUACUCCCCUGUGACUACUUGUCUACCGAAUUGGCCGUGGUAGCGCCUAGACAACGUCGCGACCAGGAUCGUUUAUCUACCCAUAACACAUCUAUUGAUGACAGUUCAUCAGAUGACGAGGAAGAGUACCCUUCAGUUUCACAUCGCAUGCCAUUAACUGCCGACUCUAAGCACGAUGUAUCCGAUGGAGAACAAUCGCUGGAGCUACCAGUGCAGGUCGAAGACAACGUAUCAGACGAGUUACAGCCGGAUAAUCGGAGUGGUAAUAUCCUACCCACUGAAGGCGAACCUGAGGAACCUUUCGAGAUACAAGGAGAAACAAUAGUGACAAUGAGUUAA